AAGUGCCUUCUUUUUUUAAAUAACUAGUUAGUCAGCUAGUGUAAAUUAAAGGUUGUAUCGACAUUAUGCUGAACGACAGUGAGUUUACUACGUUGCGGAAUAGAUUUCAAAAAGAUGCCGAGUUUCUCAUGCAAACAACGACAGCGGGUGACGAAGAUGAAAAGAGUCAGGAGGAAAAGGAUGCUAAACCUCUCCCUCGCAUUAACAGACACUCCAUUUUCUGGAUAGUUGCAUCUAUUGGUGUGACCUACUAUGUGGACUUUCUGCAUAACAUCAUGGAAAACGAUGACAUCAAAAGCUGGUGGUUCAAUGUAGGUCUGAUACUUCUUGGGGUCUGCCUGUCUCUGGCCAUGUUUUGCAUCGUGUACCUGGAGUGGUUCAAAGGCAUCCAGCACUACGACCAAGAGUACCCCGCCAUUCCUCCCAUCACCACAGCAGCCUUUAUCGCAGCAUCGUGCAGCUUGAACAUGGCACUGUGGCCAGUUUGGUCCUUCUUCACUCCACUCAUCCUCUUCACACAGUUCAUGGGUGUGGUAAUGUUCAUCUCUUUGCUUGGAUGAAUUGGACAGAUUGUGUGCAUUCGACAGACCUACACUUGCAGCAGACUGAUGAGAGAUGUCUGCUGAAACAACACAACUCUUAUUGAUGCUUUUGUCUCAGGCAGUCAGCAUUGUUGGAUCAACAGAGUGUCGAUGUUUUUAUGACACUGACCACCUCUCUUUAUGACUUGUCAUCAUUGUGUUUUCUUUAAGAAGCAAAGGACAACAGUGUCAAGAAACAGGACACUCUGUGUUGGGAGGUCUGCAAAGAGAACUUGUGAGUUUUGAGUGUAACAAGUUAAUGUUUUGAUUUUUUUCCUACAAGGACAAAAGUUAAAACAGAUUUUCCUUUCUGAAAGGUGUUACUUAUACCAUAAACAUUGGCUUUGUUCUAUUUAAAUGAUUCAAUAGAUCUUUCAGAACAUCUCAGAAGAUGUGACAGCGAGCACACAGAAUACCUGGGAUCUGAAACUACAGCAGCUUAACACAUUCAGCUGUAAUUCAUUUAAACUUACAUCCUCAUUGUUCCUCAUGUGAAAUGUUAAAAACAUCCUCUGGUACAAAGGAAAAGGGUGAAAACCCAACUGUCUUCAUUAAUAACCAUGUUAAUAAAAAAUAUUUUAAAUUA